AGUUGACGCUCUGGGCCGCCACCUCCGCGGACCCUGAGCGCAAGAGCCAAGCCGCCACCGCCGCGAUGUGGGCCACGCUGCCGCUGCUCUGCGCCGGGGCCUGGCUCCUGGGAGUCCCCGUCUGCGGUGCCGCCGAACUGUCCGUGAACUCCUUAGAGAAGUUUCACUUCAAGUCAUGGAUGUCUAAGAAAACCAAAGCACACUGUGUACUGGUUGCAGAAUCAGUUGGGGAACACCAGUGCAUGUGCUUUUGAAAAAUGGUGAUUUUUGCUGUAAACUUGACCCAGCACCAGCAGUGGCGUCCAGGAGUGCCCCGCACGUGGCAGGAAAACAAAAAGGUCUCCCUCUAGGGAGCUGCAGCCUGUUUCCAUGACUUGCUGCUGGCGUGUUUUGUUUUAGCACCGUAAGACCUACAGCACGGAGGAGUACCACCACAGGCUGCAGACGUUUGCCAGCAACUGGAGGAAGAUAAACGCCCACAACAAUGGGAACCACACAUUUAAAAUGGCACUGAACCAAUUUUCAGACAUGAGCUUUGCUGAAAUAAAACACAAGUAUCUCUGGUCAGAGCCUCAGAAUUGCUCAGCCACCAAAAGUAACUACCUUCGAGGUACUGGUCCCUACCCACCUUCCGUGGACUGGCGGAAAAAAGGAAAUUUUGUCUCACCUGUGAAAAAUCAGGGUGCCUGCGGCAGUUGCUGGACUUUCUCCACCACCGGGGCCCUGGAGUCUGCGAUCGCCAUCGCAACCGGGAAGAUGCUGUCCUUGGCGGAACAGCAGCUGGUGGACUGCGCCCAGGACUUCAAUAAUCACGGCUGCCAAGGGGGUCUCCCCAGCCAGGCUUUCGAGUACAUCCUGUACAACAAGGGGAUCAUGGGUGAAGACACCUACCCCUACCAGGGCAAGGAUGGUUAUUGCAAGUUCCAACCUGGAAAGGCCAUCGGCUUUGUCAAGGAUGUAGCCAACAUCACAAUCCAAUUGUCCGCAUCCUGCAGAAGAGGGUAUGAGCACGUGCUUGACACAGCGUGUGAGAGACUGUUGAGGUAUGACGAGGAAGCGAUGGUGGAGGCUGUGGCCCUCUACAACCCUGUGAGCUUUGCCUUUGAGGUGACUCAGGACUUCAUGAUGUAUAGAACGGGCAUCUACUCCAGUACUUCCUGCCAUAAAACUCCAGAUAAAGUAAACCAUGCAGUACUGGCUGUUGGGUAUGGAGAAAAAAAUGGGAUCCCUUACUGGAUCGUGAAAAACUCUUGGGGUCCCCAGUGGGGAAUGAACGGGUACUUCCUCAUCGAGCGCGGAAAGAACAUGUGUGGCCUGGCUGCCUGCGCCUCCUACCCCAUCCCUCUGGUGUGAGCCGUGGCAGCCACAGCGCAGACUGGCGGAGGAGGAGAGGAACGGGCAGCCUGGGCCUGGGUGGAAAUCCUGCCCUGAAGGAAGUUGUGGGGAGAUCCACUGGGACCUCCAACAUUCUGCCCUCACCUCUGUGCCCAGCCUGGAAACCUACAGACAAGGAGGAGUUCCACCAUGAGCUCACCUGUGUCUAUGACGCAAAGAUCACCAGCCAUGUGCCUUAGUGUCCUUCUUAACAGACUCAAACCACAUGGACCACGAAUAUUCUUUCUGUCCAGAAGGGCUACUUUCCACAUAUAGAGCUCCAGGGACUGUCUUUUCUGUAUUCGCUGUUCAAUAAACAUUGAGUGAGCACCUCCCCAGAUGGA